AGAGGCGGGGACCGUGGUCUGUUAUCUUUCCCACGUGACAGCCAGUGGACGGGGAUCAGCUGACUGGUUCUCACGUGACCUGCUACAGCUCCCUGGAGCCUACUCUGGAAAGCCGGGGCCGCGCCGCGAUGGUGGAGCAGGGCGGCGAGGAGGAGCGGCCGCUGCUGGGCUCGGCGCACAAUGACUGUCCCCAGCGCAAGGCGCUGCCGGCCCUGUGCGACCCGCGGCGGUUGGCCCACCGGCUGCUGGUCCUGGCCUUCAUGUGCUUCCUGGGCUUCGGUAGCUAUUUUUGCUAUGACAAUCCAGCAGCUCUGCAGACUCAGGUUCAAAGGGAUAUGAAGGUGAACACAGCUACAUUCAUGGCAUUAUAUGCUUGGUAUUCCUGGCCCAAUGUGGUUCUCUGUUUCUUUGGAGGCUUUCUGAUAGACAGAGUAUUUGGAAUAAGGUUGGGCACUGUAAUAUUCAGCUCUUUUGUUUGUGUUGGACAAGUGAUCUUUGCUAUGGGAGCUCUAUUUAAUACUUUUUGGCUAAUGGAAGCUGGCAGAUUUGUAUUUGGAAUUGGUGGGGAAUCUUUAGCAGUGGCACAAAACGCCUAUGCUGUCAGUUGGUUUAAAGGCAAGGAAUUAAACCUCGUGUUUGGAUUACAACUUAGCAUGGCCAGAAUUGGGAGCACUGUGAAUAUGAAUAUCAUGGGAUGGAUAUACUCCAGAGUUCAAGAUCUGCUGGGCUCUACAGGUCAUAGUACACUUGGAUUUACACUUACGAUAGGUGGUGUAACAUGUAUCUUUUCACUAAUCUGUGCACUAAUUCUUGCUUAUCUGGACAAGAGAGCAGAAAAAAUCCUUUGUAAAGAGCAAGGAAAAACUGGUGAAGUGAUUAAAUUAACUGAUGUGAAAGACUUCUCAUUGUCCUUGUGGCUCAUAUUUAUAAUCUGUGUUUGUUAUUAUGCGGCUGUGUUUCCUUUCAUUGGACUUGGGAAGGUUUUCUUCAUUGAGAAAUUCAAAUUUUCUUCUCAAGAAGCAAGUGCAAUUAACAGCAUUGUAUAUAUCAUAUCAGCACCCAUGUCCCCUGUCUUUGGAUUCCUGGUGGAUAAACUUGGAAGAAAUAUUAUCUGGGUUAUGUGUGCUGUAGUGGCAACCCUUGCUUCUCACAUUAUGUUGGCCUUCACUUUCUGGAACCCUUGGAUUGCUAUGUGUAUGUUAGGAGUAGCCUAUUCACUGCUUGCCUGUGCUUUGUGGCCAAUGGUAGCUUUUGUUGUUCCGGAACAUCAGCUGGGAACUGCUUAUGGAUUUAUGCAGUCUAUCCAAAAUCUGGGUCUGGCAAUUAUUGCCAUAGCAGCUGGUACGAUACUGGAUUCUCGAGGGUAUCUGUUUCUAGAAGUCUUCUUCAGUGCUUGUAUUUGCUUGUCACUAAUAGCUGUAGUCAUGCUGUAUUUUGUGAAUCACCUCACUGGAGGUGAUCUUAACUGGUCUGCAAAGAAAAGGGAAAAACUGCAAAAGCUAGCUGCAGCUGAAAAAGAAAUUUGAAUAGCAAAUAUCAUCCAGAAGUGGGGAGCAUUUGAUCAGCAACUUACCAACUUGAAGAAUUUAUAGUGUAUUUAGAGCUCGAUGCUUAGCACUGGACAAUACAGUUGAUUGGAAAACAUACUAACAUGCCGAGGAUUUUACAGUAAACUAUUUUAUGAUGACACUUAUGCUUUUGUAACAAUUUUUAAUAGUUACCAAACAUUCAUCUUUCUCAGAGCAGUUACACUGUGUUGGGUCAUAGCAUUUUAAACUGAACUGAAGUUUCAUGUAAUUGCAAAAUGUUUCCUUUUCAACCUGAAGCAAACAUUCUUGCAAUAUAAACUAGAUCAAGUAUCUCACUUACAGGAGCAGCACUUAAGUAGUGUCACUUUGGUUGGUGUCCAGAGUUUUUGCCUGAUAAUGGUUUGAAGGAAUUAUUUGACUUGUAUUUUGUGUACUGAAAAGAUCAUUGCCUUCUAAAACUUGUUAAAGGUCUCGGUUAACGUGGCUUUUGGCACAUUCUUCAUGCAAAACACUAUCACAUGUAGCAGUAAAACACAAUUCAGUCUUCCAAGACUUUUUUACUCUUUAUGGAAAGGGCUCAAGUUGAAACUAAGUGGGAGUGGGGAGCUGUCUCUAGCAAGUACUGUAUGGCCAAAUACUGGAUCUUUAAUCUGUGAUAAAACCAAAUCCUGAUUGCUAUUAACUCUGUAAGACUGCUGAGCAGUCUCUCUUUAGUAAGGUUUUUUGUCAUUUCUCUUUUUUGUGCUAUAAUCUUAAAAUAUUUUAAGGGAUCAAAUCUUGUUUAACUGAUAAAGGCAUUGUCUGAAUUUUGUUUAAAAAAUGAGUCAGCAUGUUGUAACUUUCCAAUAAAGUUCUAAAUGCUAAAUAAAACAAUUGCAGAAAA